GAGUUGAAGUUUCCGAAGGAGGACUCAUGAGCGGCACAAAGACCACUCCAAAAGGUUUCCAGCGCGUGGCUCUCGCAUUCUUCGCCAGCUCUUCAGUUCGGAAUUUGUUCUAAGGAAAUAAAUUACUGGACCAAAGGUUCUGAACAUGGUAAAGCUCUUGCAACGUAUUCUUGUUUUGCCUUCUGAAAAAAUUGUACCAGGACCACCAGUAGUGUAUGAAAACACACAUUUCUCCAAACCUUUACAAACUUGCUAAUAAAUGAAGCACUAAAAAUGUCGUCUGAAAUGUUGCCGUCAUUUAUUGAGACUUCUAAUGUUGAAAGAAAGCAAAACUUAAAGGAGGAUCAAGAGGAGAGCCAGAAGCUAAAAUUAGGUGAACAGUUUGACCCGAUAUCUAAACGACAAAUGAAGAAGCUAAUAAAACAGAAACAAUGGGAAGAACAACGAGAACUCCGCAAACAAAAGCGGAAAGAAAAGCGCAAAAGGAAAAAAUUAGAGCGACAAUGUCAGCUGGAAUCAAACUCAGAUGGAAAUGACAGAAAACGUGUUCGAAGAGAUGUUGUUCACAGCGCACUUCGCCUUAUCAUUGACUGUAGUUUUGACAACUUGAUGGUAUUAAAGGACAUUAAGAAACUUCAUAAGCAGAUUCAACGAUGUUACGCAGAAAACCGUCGUGCAUUGCAUCCUGUGCAGUUUUACUUGACAAGCCAUGGAGGACAGUUGAAAAAGAACAUGGAUGAAAAUGAUAAAGGAUGGGUUAACUGGAAGGAUAUCCAUAUCAAACCAGAGCACUAUAGUGAACUCAUAAAGAAAGAAGACCUGAUUUAUCUUACAUCAGAUUCACCUAAUGUACUGAAGGAAUUAGAUGAAUCAAAGGCCUAUGUGAUUGGAGGAUUAGUAGAUCACAAUCAUCACAAGGGGCUCACACAUAAACAAGCAUCAGAUCAUGGAAUUGAUCAUGCACAGCUCCCCCUUGGAAAUUUUGUUAAGAUGAAUAGUAGAAAAGUUUUGGCAGUUAACCAUGUGUUUGAGAUUAUACUGGAAUACCUAGAAACAAGAGACUGGCAAGAAGCAUUUUUUACUAUUUUACCCCAGCGGAAAGGAGCUGUACCCACAGAUAAAGCCUGUGAAUGUUCUUCACAUGACAAGAAAUCUGCCAGGGUUGAAGAUGCAUUGGACAGUGAUUCCAGUGAAGAGGAAUAUAGCAAAAAUGAACUAGAAUCAGGACAUCAAGAAGAAAAGCAGGAUAAAGAAAGUAGCACCAAAUCUACAGUGAACUCUGUAUCACACUAGUGUUAUCUGGUUCUCUUUUAGUUUAGAAAAAAUUAGGAGAAAUUGAGGUGUUCCACUGAAUAUUUAAAAUUGGAAAGAAAUACCUUCAUUCUCUUUCAUUUACUGGAUUGUAUUCUUCAGAAUGUGCCUUCUAAUCUUCAGUUUUAUUAUUUUAUGUUCAUAGCAGUGUCUUUCUAGUUUGUGGACUCCUUACCUGUGGAGGUAGGUAUUCAUAAAUCUAUAAGUCUACCAGAAUAUUCUGUUUUGCAGGUUACCUACUAUUAGUUUGCAGAUGAGACAGACUAUGGAACCCAUAUCUGUUCUUCCUUUGCCAUGCUUUUUCAUAGUUCUGGAGCAAUCACUGAAUUUUUUCUGUAAGAGAGAAACUGCCUAAUACUGAUUGUGGAUGAUUUUGUACAAUCAUGGUCCUGUGCUUGUGAACGAAUACUAAUAGUGCAAGACUGGAAGUGUGGUAUAUAAAUAAACACGUUUCUUUUACACACAGUAUUAAAAUUAACUACAA